AUGGAGAUUAUUCAGCUUUGGGCUCUGUUGUCCUUUAUUCUAGCUUCAAUUGCUAUACGUACCCUAUAUCGUCUCUACUUCCACCCUCUUAGCAAGUUCCCUGGCCCCAAAUUAGCGGCCAGCACUCAUCUUUAUGAGUUCUAUUUUGAUGUGGUGUCCAAUGGAAUAUUCCUAUGGGAAAUUCAGAAAAUGCACGAAAAAUAUGGCCCAAUCGUCCGAAUCAACCCUCGUGAGCUUCAUAUCAAUGACCCUCAUUAUUAUGACCAUAUUUAUGCGUCAGGUGGUAAAAAGAGAAACAAGGACCCCAAUUUUGUCGGUUUAUUUUCAGCACCUCUUUCAAUGAUCACUACGAUUGACCACGAUCACCAUCGUUUCCGAAGGGGGAUUUUGAGCAACUUCUUUUCCAAGAAGUCGGUGCUCAAUAUGACUCCACUCAUUCAAGAAAAAUUGGCGAUAUUAAUGGAGCGGGGAGGUAUUUUAGACUUGACAGCAGCAUUUUGUGCACUGACAGGUGAUAUUGUGACCCAUUACACGUAUGGCCAAAGCUUCAACUCUCUGCACGAGGAGGAUUUCAAGAGUAAUAUUCGCGGUGGUAUCUUGGAAUUGGAAAGCACCAAUCAUCUGAACAGAUUCGUCCCCUCUAUUAUCCCGCUGCUACGAUAUAUGCCAUCGUGGCUAGUGACAUAUUUCAAGCCUGCCACUGCCGCCAUCAUGGCGGAAGUCACCGAAUAUUCACAGAAUGCACUCCGAAAAGACAACCAACAGGACCUUGAAAAGAGCAAGCAGACAAUGGUUCAAGCGCUCAGUUCGCCCGCAUUACCUGCCAAUGAGAGAACACUAUCUCGUCUCCAAGAAGAAGGCAUGAUCUUGCUAAGUGGAGGCACAGAAUCCCCGGCAAAUGCUUUGUCAGUGGCAGCUUUUUAUCUAGCAGAUAAUAUUUCUAUUUUAGAGAGGCUCCGUGCAGAGCUGCAGCCCGUGAUGUGCAACAAGAACUUCGUGCCCUUGGCAGAGCUUGAGCAGCUGCCAUAUCUUACUGGUGUAGUCAAUGAGGCACUUCGAUUAUCUUUUGGCUUAAUCUCUCGCCCGCCACGAAUUGCACCAGAGGAGGUUUUGGUUUAUCGUGAAUAUGAUAUUCCAGCUGGAACCCCGGUGGGCAUGUCGAGUUAUUUCAUGAACAUGGAUCCGACCCUAUUCCCCAACCCAGAGUCAUUUAUUCCAGAUCGCUGGAUCUUGGCUUCUGAGCGUGGCGAGAAUCUGACUCGAUUCAUCGCGACAUUUGGGAAAGGAAGCAGGGCAUGUAUUGGCAUGAACUUGGGCUAUGCUGAGUUAUACUUCACCAUAGCUGCUAUGGCUCAUCGCUUCAAAUUCGAGUUGCACGAAACUACCCAGGAGAACAUUAGGGCUGUCCGUGAUCGGGGGCUUCCAUUCUCAAAAGAUGGACAUUGGAGAGUCAAAGCGAGAAUGAGCAGACUUACCAAUUAA